AUGUCUAGGUUCAAUCACGUUGUCCUUAGGGACCCUUCUAACAGUAGUGGCGCACAUAUCAUCUCAUGACUCAACUAUGGCAGAGGUGCCACUCAAUCCAAGUGUCAAUCCUCGAUACAUGCUCAGCAUCACCUUUCGUCGGUAGACCGGGUUCAAGGCAUGUUGAUAACUCGAGCAGGGCAAAAGAUCACCGCAAAAAUAUUCGCGACUGUGCAGGGGGUGCGGGUGCGACUUUUAUUGAGUCUGAACGUUGUACACCUUUAUUCCAAAGACCUUGUUGAAAGCAAAGGAAUAUAUUGUUGCGGUUAUC